GAUUUAACAAAUCACCCUGUUGACUGUAGAAUGAUAAUGAAAGCGAGCUUAUAAUACAACAUUUUAUCUCUCCUGAACAUUCAUUUAUAUGAACUGUUAUACAGGGUGAUCAGGUGAAAAACGAGUUGACGGAUUAUGCUUGACACAGAAUACAUCCGAUUUUAACUGAAAAUAAAAACACUGAUAGCAAGUAAAUGUAUGAUGAAUCCUUCUUUUCCUGCGUUCAAUUGGAUAUUGGCGGAGUUUAUUAUUAGUCUAAAUAUUACACAUAUAUUAAGUUGCCGUGUAAAAGUGACAUAGCAGUUGGGUAACUAAAGAAACAUAUUGAAAAAUGCCUUCGGGAGGCAGGUUAUCAUUGACCAGGCGUAUAUGUAUACUUGGUGGGAUAACGUUGGUUAUCUCGAUUGUUGCCAUAGCGAUUGGUAUUUUUUCCGUCUCCGUGACGGUAACGCAAGUGGAAUUUCCUUUCACUGCCGGAGGUGCUAUGAUUGCAGGAAUACCGGCAUUAUUUUUGUCGUGUUGUCCCAUGGCUAUGUAUAGUGAAGACAAAAAGUCACGUGGAGGCAGCACGACAGGUUGUUUUGAUUGUUGCACAUUACUAAUGGUGGUCUGGUUUAGUAUUACAAUAUUAGCUAUCAUUCUUGGGUUUGGACUCUCUGGUAUAUACGGCGUGGUAGCCUGUUCUAAUCAAGAAUUGAAGCUCAAAGCAUGUUCCAGUGCUGCUGAAUCCAAAAUGGCAAUUUCUAUUGUGACAAUAAUUCUAACUUUAAUCUUAUUCAUUUUAUCAUUGGCAAUAUUUUUCACGUGCUGUUGUAACGCUGCAAAGUUCGGCAUGCCUUUAUUGGCAAGUGCUGAUUCUUACGGAUAUUACAACGACUCUAUCGAACGACAGCGUUACUACAGCCGACACCAGGGAACAUUAUCUGAGGAUAGAACGAAUAACUUCCGCUCUCUGGCAGACAGUACAAAUGUUGAUGAAAAUAACAGGACGAUAAACGAGCCGUCUGCUCCAAAUGCUAGUGAUAUCAGACAGCAAUUCCCGGAAGCUUAUGUGACAGAAGAAACCGGUCCAAGCCGCUCCGAUAGGGUUGAAAGCCGGUAUACUGAUCCACCACCGUCAUAUGACGAAGUUAUGAAGAAGGAACAGACCUUCGCUACACCUGUGUAGUAUUAAUGUUACUUAUGAAAUUCUUGUAAAACGUAUGUAAAGAAGAAGCGCAAAUUUAAUGGGACUAAAUUCACGUGACAAGAAAAUAGUCUUUUUGAAUUUAUUUGAAUAUAAAGGGAUAAAGUGUUUGAAACUAUAAAUGCAUGUAAGAAAAGAAGCUCAAAUAGAGAGUAUGAAACUAUUAAUGCAUGUAAGAAAAGAAGCUCAAAUAGAGAGUAUGAAACUAUUAAUGCAUGUAAGAAAAGAAGCUCAAAUAGAGAGUAUGAAACUAUUAAUGCAUGUAAGAAAAGAAGCUCAAAUAGAGAGUAGGUACAUUAUAUGGUCAGGGGAAACGCUGCAAAUGAAAAUGUGUUUGUUUGAUAGUUAUGUUUUACGGCGUUCCAACACAAAGUAGGUUAUGUGCCGCCGAAACAAGAAAGAUGCAUUUGGUUAACCUAGGGUGUUAGAAACCAACAGCAACACCAGUGGUCAAAACCACCUCACCAUUUGGAGCUAAGUGAUGCAGGGACUCCACUAAUUCGAACCCAUUUAGUAGCCUCUUAUAAUCACGCAGGGAUAAAUGGUGGCUACGUACUGUUGCCUCAACCCCUCGGCCACAGGGGAAUCAAAUGAAAAAAGUAAGAGUUUAAUGACAGAACAUCAUAAAAACUACUCUACGUACAUUUUGUUUUUGAACAACCCGUUUCGUUAUUACUUACUAGUAUUUCUUUUGAGACAAAUACAUUCAAGUACAUAAUUUAUCUGUUUAAUAUCUAUAAUCUGUUCUCUCUGAAACCUGUACUGACUCAGGGGAAAAUAAAUUCUGUUUUUAUUUGAUGACUUGUGUAAUUGUGUGAUUUUUUCAUAAAGUUGUUAUCACCAUAGAGAAA